UCGCGCCUAAUGACGUGUUCUCUCCAUAAUCUCUCCAGUUGAGGAAAAAAAAGUCAAGAUUUUUUUUAUUAAAAAUAUUACAUAAUCAAAAAAAAAGUUUAAUUUAAUUUUUAAAAAUUACAAAAAAAAAAUAAAUUAUUAAAAAAAAUCAAUUGUGAGAGUUUUUGGAGCCGUUAACCAACGCAACGCAGAAAUAUGGCUGGCGUAGUAAGUCCUAACGCGUCAGAGGUCCAUAGUGACAUUGCGUCACCACUCAAUGUUUUCAUGUCGCUACUGCUUCCGGCUGUUCUCUUGUACUACAUCUAUUGGCGGCUUUCGCGACGCAACAUGAUAAAAUUAGCAGAAAAAAUUCCCGGACCACCUGGAUAUCCCAUCAUUGGAAAUGCAUUAGAUUUUCUCGGAUCGUCGCAUGUUAUUUUCAAAAAUGUCAUCGAAAAGGGACGUGACUUCAACGAAGUCAUCAAAGUAUGGAUUGGCCCAAAGUUGUUGGUGUUCCUCGUGGAUCCCCGUGACAUUGAAUUGGUUCUCGGCAGUCAAGUGUACAUCGACAAGGCACCGGAAUACAGAUUCUUCAAACCCUGGCUUGGCAAUGGACUUUUAAUCAGCACGGGCAGUAAAUGGAGAUCUCAUCGCAAACUGAUUGCACCUACAUUCCAUUUGAACGUCUUGAAGAGCUUCAUCGACUUGUUCAACGAAAACUCCCGUUUGGUGGUUGAAAAGAUGGCCAAGGAGGGCAAAAAGACCUUUGAUGCUCAUGACUACAUGAGUGAAUGCACCGUAGAGAUCUUAUUGGAAACGGCAAUGGGUGUUUCCAAGAAGACUCAGGACCAAUCGGGCUACGAUUAUGCCAUGGCUGUCAUGAAAAUGUGCGACAUUUUGCAUUUGCGUCACACAAAGAUCUGGCUCUACGCCGACUGGAUGUUCAAUCUCACGAAACACGCGAAAAAUCAGGAAAAACUUCUCGAUACCAUUCACGGUUUGACGAAAAAGGUCAUUCGCAACAAGAAAGAUGCCUUCGCGAAGGGAACUCGUGGCAGUUUAGCUCAAACGUCGAUCAAAACGGAAGACUCCAAGGUCGUGAAGAACACAACGGUGGUCGAAGGCUUGUCUUUUGGACAAUCGAGCGGCUUGAAAGACGAUUUGGAUGUCGAUGACAACGACAUUGGAGAGAAGAAACGUUUGGCAUUCUUGGAUUUGUUGUUGGAAAGUGCGGAAAAUGGUGCCGUCAUCUCGGAUGAGGAGAUCAAGGAACAAGUUGACACAAUUAUGUUCGAAGGGCACGACACAACGGCAGCUGGAAGUAGCUUUUUCCUCUCCAUGAUGGGCAUUCAUCAACAUAUUCAGGACAAAGUUCAAGAGGAAUUAGAUCAAAUUUUCGGAGACUCGGAUCGUCCUGCGACAUUCCAAGACACGUUAGAGAUGAAAUAUUUGGAAAGAUGUAUGAUGGAAACGUUGAGAAUGUAUCCGCCAGUACCAGUUAUCGCUCGUCAACUCAAAGAAAACUUGAAAUUAACAUCCGGAGAUUAUGAAGUUCCUGCUGGAGCAACUGUCAUUAUCGCGACCUACAAAUUGCAUCGUCUAGAACACAUCUACCCAAAUCCCGACACAUUCGAUCCCGAUAACUUCCUGCCGGAGCGACAGGCGAACCGUCAUUACUAUGCUUUCGUACCAUUCUCUGCGGGACCAAGGAGUUGUGUCGGUCGCAAAUAUGCCAUGUUGAAGCUGAAAAUUAUUUUAUCGACAAUUUUGCGCAAGUACCGCAUCUAUUCCGACUUGAAAGAAGAGGACUUCAGACUGCAGGCUGACAUCAUAUUGAAACGUGAAGAAGGAUUCCAAAUUCGAAUGGAGCCACGCAAGAGAACGGCAAAAGCUUCUUAAGACAAAAAAAAACGCAACAAAAUAUCACAUGUCAUCGUGUCAAAUUUUAAUUUUUUACAUCGAAUUUCAUUUUAUAUAAAAUAUUUACAAAAAGAGACGAAUUUCGAAUAAUUAAACAUAUUUUUUUUUGAAAAUGGUAAUUUUAGGCUGGAUUAUAAUUAAUUUAUACAAACAAAAAGUGCAGAGAAUCAAGUUACCAAGCACCAAAAAAUAUUUUUUUUUAUCAUAUUUCCUGUAUAUUUUCCGCUAUUUUCUUUUUUUUUUUUUGUAGAAAAUCAUUUCCAUAGAAAAAAAUUAAAUUAAAAAAAAAAUAUUAACAGUGUAAUACAUUGAAGGUGUUCAGGUGUUAAUUUUAAUAAUAAAGUACAUA